AUGAGACCUAUUCUACUUAAGGGACACGAACGUUCUCUGACACAGGUUAAAUUCAACCGCGAAGGAGAUCUGAUCUUCUCGUGCGCCAAAGAUAGCGUUGCUUCCGUGUGGUAUGCCAUCAAUGGUGAAAGAUUGGGAACUUUUGAGGGACACCAAGGUACGAUCUGGUCGAUCGAUGUGGAUAGAUUCACGCAAUACGCAGUGACUGGAUCUGCCGAUUUCAGUAUCAAAUUGUGGGAUGUUCAAACGGGUCAAAACGUGUAUACUUGGAAAACCAAGACCCCAGUGAGAAGAGUGGAAUUUAGUCCCUCCGGUGACAAAUUUUUGGCCGUAUUGGACGGUGUAAUGGGGUACCCAGGUAGUGUUACCGUUUACGAUCUUCCCCGCAGCAACGAAACCCAAAAACUCUCGCAAGAGCCUUCCGCAGAGCCAGCUUUCGACAUUCUAACGCACGAGGGCUUUGAAAUCGCUUCUGUGGCCGCAUGGAGUUUCCAGGACCGUUUCAUCGCUGUGGGCCAUAAGGACGGCCGUGUGUCGAAAUACGAUGGUGCCACCGGUGAAUUUAUUGAUGCCUUGGAGCUUCACACCCAAAGCGUCAGUGACAUCCAGUUUUCGCCGGAUGGGACAUAUUUCAUCACCUCUUCGAGAGACAGUGACGCCAAGCUGGUCGACAUUGAGACGCUCGAGGUGCUCAAGACGUACGAAACAGACUGUCCUUUGAACAGUGCAUGCAUCACUCCUAUCAAGCAAUUUGUAAUCUUGGGCGGUGGUCAGGAUGCCAAAGAUGUCACAACCACGAGUUCGCGUGAGGGUAAAUUCGAGGCCCGUCUAUACCACAAGAUUUUCCAAGAUGAGAUUGGUAGAGUAAAAGGUCAUUUCGGUCCGCUCAAUUGUGUGGCCGUGAGCCCCCAGGGCACAUCGUACGCAUCUGGUGGUGAAGAUGGUUUUGUGCGUCUUCACCAUUUCGACAAGAGUUAUUUCGAUUUCAAAUAUGACGUGGAAAAGAGCGCAGAGGCUCAAAAGCAUAUGCAGGGUUUGGAAUCCAGCGCCUAG